CUUCUCUUCGCAUAGCCUGGUCAUUGGUCGUCACCCUUUCGGCUUAUCCUCUGGGGGAGGACUUUCCCUGCCUGCCCCGAGAGAAUUUGUAUGUAGUAGUAGUAGUAAUACUGUGUUCUGAUUUCUAUCCCCAGAUGCAAAGCGCGUAGAUCAGAAAGUGGGACUUUAGCAAAGUGGGCUCCAUUGCCCACAUACUCACGCACAUCAUUCUGAUGUGAUCUGUGUCUUGGCCUUUGUUUCUUUUUUUAAUCCGUCUUUUGCAUGGAAGCAGCCAUGGCGAUGAUGGGUCUAUGAGAUUCGCUAAUCCGGUCUUCUCAUAUUUUCCGGACAUCUCUUUUCCACUGAAACUCAUCUAGCUUCUCUCUGCCAUUCCGUGAUAUACUCUUUAUCUUAUGGGUCUUCUCUGAAAUCCAAGCUCCUUCCUUACAACGUUGGUUGAAUUGAACUUUAUUCAGUUCUCAGCCUAUGUUCUGAUUACAGAGUAAGAGUGAUAUAUAGCAAUGGGGAUUUCAAGCUCUAAAAUAGAGGAAGAUAAGGCUCUGCAGCUAUGUCGUGAAAGAAAGAAGUUUGUAAGACAAUCACUUGAUGGAAGGUGCUCACUAGCAGCUGCUCAUGUUACAUAUAUUCAAUCCCUUAAAAGUACAGGAAGUGCUCUUAGGAAAUUUGUGGAACCUGAAGCUCCCAUAGAAUCUUCUUUGUAUACUUCUACUAGUGCAACACCAGAGCCACUUGCUUUAACUGAGAAGUCGCUUUCCCAGUUCUCCUUUUCUCCCCCAUCUAUAUCCCAACAUGUAUAUGCUACCGAAACCAUUUCUCCAUCUCCUUCUCCAAACUCUAGUCAGUUUCAGGCAAAUCAUAUGACAUUCAGGAGUUCCUCUUCGCAGAAGAUUGAAGAAAAGCUGUCUUUUCCUGUUACAGGAACAGUGACCUCGUCUAGUACCCCACAGAAUAUGACACCUCGUUCCACUGAAAGACCUGAAACAUCCCCUUUCCAAGGUUCUUCCCUCCCACCUGGAACUCCACCAUGGGAUUAUUUUGGUCUCUUUCAUCCAACCGAUCAUGAGUUUUCUUUUCAAGAUGGGAAGGGAAUGUACCAAGGGUUGGAGAAUGCUGAUGAUAUAAGACAAUUUAGAGAAGAGGAGGGAAUUCCUGAGCUGGAAGAUGAAGAGGAGAAGACUUCUUCUCAUGAGAGGGAAGAAUCUCUGGAUUCAGAAGGUGAAUUUGAUGAGCCUUCCGCAGAUACUCUGGUACGAAGUUUUGAAAAUCUUAAUAGGGUUCAUGAUCAUGCUGCAGAUAAUUCUCUGCACAGUAUGCCUUCUGCACAAAAUGUAGCUUUAGAGACCGAGUUAUUAAAUAGGGAGAAGGAAAACUCCCCUUAUUUGUCACCAAUGAGAGCCACAUCUAAGGUUGUUGCGCUUCCCACUGACCAAGAUAAAGCACCAUCAAAAGAAGAUUGUAUUGAGAGUAAGGUUCCUCCUAAGGACGUCUUUUCAAGCAUAAGAGAUAUUGAAUUUCUCUUUAUGAAAGCUUCUGAGUCUGGGAAAGAAGUUCCAAGGAUGCUUGAAGCAAAUAAGUUGAAUUUCCGUCCAAUAUUUCCAGGGUUUGAAAGAGGUGGGUCAAUGACAUCUAAAUUCUUGAAGACCUGUUUCUCUUGUGGGGAGGACCCAAGCCAAGUCCAAGAAGAGCCUGCUGAAAAUUCCACAAAGUACUUAACAUGGCAUAGGACGACAUCAUCUCGAUCCUCUUCAACCAGGAAUCCAUUGGGAGCAAACUCAAAAGAUGAUAUAGAGGACUUUAUUGGUAACUCUCUUGAAAAUUUCUGCAUGAACUCCGGCAGUCAUGCCUCUACCUUGGAUAGGCUAUAUGCUUGGGAGAGGAAACUUUAUGAUGAAGUUAAGGCUAGUGGAAUGGUCAGAAGGGAGUAUGACUUGAAGUGUAAAACUCUAAGACAACUGGAAACAAAUGGGGAAAGUACCAGUAAAAUUGAUAAAACUCGUGCAGUUGUCAAGGAUCUACAUUCAAGAAUCAGAGUUGCAAUUCACAGAAUUGAUUCUAUAUCAAAGAGGAUUGAGGAAUUAAGGGACAAAGAGCUCCAGCCACAACUUGAGGAGUUGAUAGAAGGGUUAAGUAGGAUGUGGAAAGUUAUGUCUGAGUGCCACAAGCUUCAGUCUGACAUCAUCAAAGCAGCACAGAGAAAUGGCAACACAAAGCUAUCAAUACAGUCAGAAUCACAUCGGCAGGUCACCAUCCAUCUCGAGGAUGAACUGAGUUCGCUGUCACAAAGUUUUCUGAAGUGGUUUGCUGCUCAGAAGUCCUAUCUGCAGGCUAUAGAUGGAUGGCUUUCCAAAUGUGCACCUGUUCCACAAAAAUCUUCCAAAAGAAAAAGAAAGCCAGAACCCAGAUCCUUGAGAGACAUUGGCCCUCCCAUAUAUGCGACCUGUGGCACUUGGUUGGAAAAGCUAAAAGACCUAGAAAAGCCGGCAUCCUCGUCAAUCAAGCAAGUUGUCGAUGCUAUAAAGGAUUUAGGGGUUGCGACUGCUCACUUUGUACCGCAACAAGAAAAGAAUCAGGGGAAGGACAUGAACCGUUCAUAUUUACCAUCCUGGAAGGCUGAAAAAGAAAGGGAUUCAGAAAAUCUGCUGGGAGGUGAAGUUGUGUAUGACUGGAUUUCAGGUUUUGAUAGAUUCUGGUCAAGCUUGGAGGCAUUUAUUGGCCAGUUAAAUAACUUUUCAAAGCGUUCGAUGGAGAUGUAUGUCAAACUUCAACAGGAGAUCGAAGAAGCUAAAAGUAGCUAUGAUAGAUUGAUGUCACGAUCUCAAGUUUUGGAGAGCAAGGUUACAGAGACGACGGAAGAAUCCCAACACCCCUCGGAGGUCCAAUAAACUGGGGUUUUUAGAUGUAAGAAACCUGAAAAGUCCUGGUAGUUCAAUCGGACAUGGCAUUUGUAUAUGUGAGAAGAUUAAAAGGGUUUUGGUUUCAACUGAAAAUAAAGGAACUGGUAAAAAGAAUUUAACAUAGAGAUGUAAUAAAUGGUGUUGUAAUUCUAGGUGAAAGCUGUGAUUACGAGGGCCGGUGGCUACACCAGAGGGUUGCUCGCAAAGUAAUAGAAUUUGUACAGUUUUUCCUAGUAAACACGGGAACUCUAAUAAUUCCCACUAGUUCUUUCUUAUUGCCUAUGUAAUGCAUUGUUGUAUUCGAUUGGGCCCCAUUUCAACAAA